ACAGCUCUGUUGGAGGUUAUACUGGCCAGCAGAGACUGCUUGGUGGCUGGAGACUCGUGCUCGAGUGAUGAGACCUGUAGUCCACGUCUGCGGACUUUGCGUCAGUGUGUGGCGGGCAAUGGCAACAUGAAGCUGGGCCCCGGUGCCAGAAGCCAGUGUGCCAAUGCAGUGUCCGCCCUACUGUCCAGCCCCUUGCACGGCUGCCAGUGUAAACGAGGCAUGAAGAAGGAGAAGAACUGCCUGAGCAUCUACUGGAGCCUUCAUCAGUCUACCAUACACGGACUAGACCUGGUGGAGAGUUACCCGUAUGAGACUGUGCAGAGAGAUUACGACUAUGUUCGCUUGGCCUCUAUCACAGCUGACUCUGAUGUUGGCAUGACAACUGUGAAUCGCUGCCUGGAUGCCGCCAAGGCUUGCAAUGUGGACGACUUGUGCCAGAAGCUCCGCACAGAAUACGUCUCAGCUUGUAUCAAACCCACUGCCAAGUCUGGCCUGUGCAACCGACCUAAAUGUAAUAAGGCGCUGCGCAGGUUCUUCGACCGUGUUCCCGCCGAUUACACACACGAGCUGCUCUUCUGCCCCUGUACGGACACAGCAUGCGCAGAGCGUCGGAGGCAGACCAUUGUGCCCAGCUGCUCUUAUGAAAGCCCAGAAAAACCCAACUGCAUCACACAGAUGAGGAUCUGCAAAGCUGACUAUGUCUGCAGGUCUCGUCUGGCACAGUUUCAGUACGACUGCGAACCCUCUGAAACGUCUGCCAAUGGCUGCAAGCAAGGGAACUAUGGAGCCUGUCUCCUCGCCUACACAGGGCUCAUAGGAAGUACAAUAACUCCCAACUAUGUUGACAACUCCACGUCCAGCGUGGCUCCAUGGUGCUCCUGCUCAGCCAGUGGGAGCCAGAGAGAGGACUGUGACAAUUUCCUGGGAUCCUUCACCGACAACAUCUGUCUCCGGAAUGCUCUCAUGACGUUUGGAAGCGAAUCAGACCAGCAGCCGACUCUCAACCAGCCCACUACACCCAGCCUCAGCCUCAGCAGCAGAGAGAACAGGAGCACCACUUCUCCACCAGAAACCAUAGAAACGAUGAGGAGCCUUCUGGAUACAAUUAUACCAACACAGGCCCUGGGAAAUGAACUGCUACUGGGUCAGUCCACCUUGCCCUCCAACAGCCUCCCAAACUCUGCUUCACCUCCUAGUCUAAUGCUUCAAGCUGCCUUCAGCCUUCUGCUGCUGCUCCUUCAUCUGCUAAACAAUGGACACUAA